UUCCACUCAAAGUGCUGUUUGUGAACUCAUAACUCCCGUCAGUGGUAACAUUAUGUCCUCGGACAGAUGCUUGAGCCGACAGUAGCAUGUAUCGGUCAGUUGUCCCUCAGUGUGAAUGGUAGCGUCCGUUCUCCCUUACACGCGCUCAUUCAGCGCGCGCCUCUGUAUCGCUUAAUCAAAGCAGAAGGUUGUAGAGACUCGCGAUCUUCCGUGUUUUAUCCGUGUGAGCAUUUUAGGACAGCGGGAUACCAACGGGCGGCCAUCGUCUACCUGACUCUCCAUUCAGUGUUAGGCAUUCUCUCUCUGCGUUAGGCAGUUUAACCGUUGCUUUUAAGUGUGAUGCUAUUGGCUAAAUUUAAAGGAAUUGACAGCUAUCUUUCGAAAAGUAUUGACGACUCGUCGGCUUUGCGUUUGGAGGGUGCUCCCCGAGGGAUAGAAGUUUCCUUCGGGAAAUGAACAGGCUGUUCAGCGCAGGUGAAGGACUGUACAGCUGUUGAGACCUCCACCUUGUGGACUGAUCUGAUCAUCGGGCUGCAGCAGAUGUCAUGGAUCUGAAAGAGCGCAGGCACCGUACACUGACCCACGGCCGCUGUGGGAAAGAUUUCCAGUUCACCACCUCCUCCCUUGACAACGACGAAUGUCGCGUACCCACCCAGAAAUCAUACAGCUCUAGUGAGACCCUGAAAGCUUUCGAUCACGACUCGCGCCUUCAUUAUGGAGGAUGUGUGGCGGACCUGGUUCACCAUGAAGCAGAUGAGUUCACCAGACAAGGAGAGUACAUGGAUUUUUCCCCGUUCCUGAGCUACUUCAAUUCAGGGAACUUUACUUUAGCGGAGCUGGGCAUUUGUGAACCCUCCCCUCAUCAGAAUGCAUACUGCCCUGAGAUCGGCCUCUUGCAGCACGGUUACUCUCUGAGCGCCGGCUCCGACGCGGACUCUGACCCAGAGGGCCCUAUCUCACCGGAGCGAGCCAUCCAGCUGUGGGGGGGCCAAGGCAUCAAGUCCCGCCGCAGUUCUGGCCUCUCCAGCCGGGAGAACUCGGCCCUCACCCUCACCGACUCCGACAAUGAGAACAAGUCUGAUGACGAAUCAGGUGAGAGAAUGUUUCAGAGAGCGAGAAAGCAGCGAGCGAGUUUCGUGUUUAUGAGAAACUGAGGGUGUGAGAGAAAUCUUUAAGGCUUUUAGAGUGUAAGAUGUGUGAGAACAGAUGCCAAAAAUGUGCAACAUGUGAUAAAACAUUCACUUGCUUUCGACUCGUUUAGAGCUGAAUGCAUUUCGGAUUCUUUUUGUAUUACCUGGGUGUUAUAGCCUGUCUGUGCAUUGAUAAUCAUUCCCAAUGACACAAGCCACUUUUGUUCAUCAAACUGCAAGCGAAUCUGCCACUGGAAAUGCAUAUAAAUAGAAAUGCAUACAAAUUAAAAUGUCAAAGGACUCAUUUUCAUCAAGCACAAACAUUGUACUCCCCUUCCUUGUUCCAUUGAUGUAGUCGAUGAAUGAAUCCUCAUCGGCACCUUCCUAGCUGGAAUUCUGCACCGUGUUCCUUGUUUCCACACUUCCUUGUUAAUUUGGUGGCAUCCUUAAUCUUAGCAUAGUUUGAAGAAAAUGUCAGAGUAGGUUAAUGAAAGACAAAUCCCAUCCUAAUUAAUUGAGUUCUCACCAUAUCACACCUCAAGCAGAUCCAUCAGCUGUGAAUACCAUUAUCGCACAAACUCGCUCUGACAAUUUAUCAAACUACUCUUCAGCUAUUAACCCUGUAAGACCUAAAUAUAGAAAAAAAAGAAGAAAAAAAAUCACCUAUCAGAUGUUGUUG